AUGGAUUUUUUGAAUGCGGUUGAUUUUAGACUUAGGGAGGGGCAGUGGAGAGUUGGUAAUGGAUUCAAUAUCCCACUUACUCAUCAAAACUGGUUUCCUAGUUCUCAUGGUAACUUGCAUCAUCCUGAAAUACAAACAGGUACAGUGGGGGAUCUUAUUGACCACAAUUCCAAAACAUGGAAAGCUGACUUGGUCCGAACCUUUUACCCCUUUCCUUUGAGCAAACAAAUCCUUCAAAUUCCUUUACCUAAAACUCAUGAUGUGCAAGACAAGUUGCUUUGGAAGUUUUCCAAUGAGGCUAAUGGUAACUACAAAGUCAAAAGAGCCUAUGAGAUUCUUAUACAAGAUUCCCUUUCUCUUGGAAAUAUUCAUGGAAACCAAAAUGUGUGGAAUCUGAUUUGGGGAGUCAAAGUACCUUUGAAAAUCAAUACUUUUGUUUGGAAACUUAUCCAGGACAGAUUACCCACUCUUCUUAAUCUGAACAACAGAGGCAUUCCAAACCAAACAACAUGUCCCCUCUGUAAUUCUGAUGUUGAAUCUUCAACUCAUCUCUUUCUCCUCUGCCCCUUUACUAGAGCUUGUUGGCACGGAUCAACCUUGGCUGUACAUGCUACUGACUUUAGGAGUUUAAGUGUCCAACAAUGGCUUUCAACAAUCCUCAUCAACUUCAAAUCCAGGGAGACUUCUUCAAUGGCUUACUUACAAGCAAUUUUUACAACCCUUUGGCAUAUUUGGUUACACAGGAACAGAGUGCUAUAUGAUGGGUUACAUCCUAUUCCUAUGAGUGUGAUUUUUAAUUUCUCAAUCUAUGGCUUGCAGUUGAUAGUUAAGCUUGCUGGAGCCAGGAGCAGGAAGCCAAACCGAUGGUCUUCAGCUUAUAAAGCUAUUACUAGACAGGGAGAUAGCUUGUUUUAUGGUGUUAAUAGUAGUGUAGCUGAUACAACAUGUGGGGCGUUGUUGGAUGCUAUGGUGGAAGCUGCUCUCAAAGCUAAAAACCAUGGGUUCGAGUAUAUUUUGUUUCUAGUGCGAAACGGAAAUGGCGAAGUACUUGCUGCACUUUCAGAAAAAAUUCCUUACCCCGGUACAGUGGAGUUGGUGGAAAUCCUAGCUACAAGAAGGUCUGUACAGUUCAUUGCAGAAUUGGGCAUGGCACAGUCAAUAUUUGAAGGAGACUCAGAGAGUGUUUACAAGGCUUUGAAGUCAGGUGACGUGGGUCACGCCUCAAUUGGUCAGUAUGUGAAAGACAUAAUGUCUAUUUCCGGUUCGAUUCGAACUUUCUCUUUCUCUCAUACUAGGAGGCAGGGUAAUUGUGUGGCCCAUGCCUUAGCAAAAAGAGCAAGAUUUGCAUUUCCAUUGUUAGUCUGGAUGGAGCAUGUUCCACCGGAUGUGAUUCCUUUUGUACUUUCAGAUUUAUAG